UGUUGACCGCCCGGGCCCGCCCGACGCGGUCCCCAACCCCAUCCCGACCCCGCCAGCUGAGGGCGCGGACCCGGGGAGCAGCCGCGGCCCCGGCAUGGUGCUCAAGGCCUUCUUCCCCACGUGCUGUGCCUCGGCGGACAGCGGCCUCCUGGUUGGACGCUGGGUCCCGGAGCAGAGCAGUGCCGUGGUCCUGGCUGUGGUGCACUUUCCCUUCAUCCCCAUCCAGGUCAAGGAGCUCCUGGCCCAGGUGCAGCAGGCCAGUCAGGUGGGCGUGACUGUGCUGGGCACCUGGUGCCACCGCCGGCAAGAGCCGGAGGAGAGCCUGGGCCCCUUCCUGGAGGGCCUGGGCGCCAUUUUCUCCCACAAGCCCUGGUUCCAGCUAUGCCGGGAGAGAGGCAGCAAGUCCUGGAGCUGCAAGACCACCCGCUGGCAGGGGCCCGCCUCUCCCGCCGCCUCCGGCGAGGACCAGGUCAUGCUUAUCUUCUACGACCAGCGCAAGGUGCUGCUGUCCCAACUGCACCCGCCUGCGGCCCUGCCCGACCGCCAGGCCGGGGACACCACAGCCAGUGCGGGGGGCCUGGCCGCUGUCUUUGACACAGUGGCGCGUAGCGAGGCACUCUUCCAAAGCGACCAGUUCGAUGAGGGCCCCGUGCGGCUGAGCCACUGGCAGUCGGAGGGCGUGGAGGCCAGCAUCCUCGUGGAGCUGGCCGAGUGCGCGGCAGGGCCUGUCUGCCUCUUUCUGACCUGCCUGCUGUCUCUCGUCUCGGCUGCCAGCGCCUGUCGGGUGUUCAAGCUGUGGCCACUGUCCUUCAUCUGGAGCAAACUCUCCACGUGCGAGCAGCUCAGGCACCGGCUGGAGCAGCUCACACUCAUCUUCAGCACCCAGAAGGCUAAGAACCCCGCCCAGCUGAUGAGGAAGGCCAACAUGCUUGUCUCUGUGCUCCUGGAUGUGGCCCUUGGCCUCAUGCUGCUGUCCUGGCUCCACAGGAAGGACCUCAUCGGGCAGCUGGCUGAUACCCUCAUCCCUGUGGCUGAUCACGUGGCCGAGGAGCUCCAGCAUCUGCUACAGUGGUUGAUGGGCGCACCCGCUGGGCUCAAGAUGAACCGGCCGCUGGACCAGGUGCUGGGCCGCUUCUUCCUGUACCACAUCCACCUGUGGAUCAGCUACAUCCACCUCAUGUCCCCCUUCAUUGAGCGCAUCCUGUGGCACGUGGGCCUCUCAGCCUGCCUGGGCCUGACGGUCGCCCUGUCCAUCCUCUCAGACAUCAUAGCCCUCCUCACCUUCCACAUCUACUGCUUCUAUGUCUAUGGCGCCAGGCUAUACUGCCUGAAGGUCCAUGGCCUGUCCUCACUCUGGCGCCUGUUCCGAGGGAAGAAGUGGAAUGUUCUGCGCCAGCGCGUGGACUCUUGCUCCUAUGACCUGGACCAGCUGUUCAUCGGCACCUUGCUGUUCACCAUCCUGGUCUUCCUUCUGCCCACCACGGCCCUGUACUACUUGGUGUUCACCCUGCUCCGGCUCCUGGUGGUCGCUGUGCAGGGCCUGAUCCAUUUGCUUGUGGACCUCAUCAACUCCCUGCCCCUGUACUCACUCGGCCUCCGGCUCUGCCGGCCCUACAGGCUCGCAGCUGGUGUGAAGUUCCGAGUCCUGGAGCACGAGACUGGCAGGCCCCUCCGCCUCCUGAUGCAGGAAGGGGCUCUCUCUGAUGGACUCUGCCUGACCUGCAGCCUCCAGGGACCCUCAGGUGGCUUCCUCUGUGCCUGCUGUACUGGCUAUGGAGGCGAGGGGUUGGAGCCCAAAGAGGUCACUCAGCAACUGCCAGGCCUGCAUCACCACUGAGGGUCAGCAGAGGGCCCCACAUGGCUCCUGGUGGGCAGGACCACACCCCAGAGCCUGCUGAGAAGAGCCUCCAUCACCUGCAUUUCUGGGGCCACCUUCCCAGUCACCAGAUGCCAAGACACGGAGGCGGCCCGUGGGGCCUGCCUCACCUCCCGCUGAAUCCUCUCCCUUGCUCCGCCCAGCCUGCUGGGCAGUGGUGGCUGUGUUCCAGGCCUUUUCUGGCAGCUGUCCCUCUCGUGCCAGGUGCGGGGCUGCCUGCCCAUCUCCCGAGGGCCAGCCCAGGCCUGGCACCAGAGCUGGCCGAGGGAACAGUGGUCACUCCAGCCACUAGCAGCCACCAAGACGUGCCACCUGCAUGUCCUAGGCUGCUCCCAUCCUGUGUGUCGUCCCUGGACCUGUACAGCCCUUGCCUAGGGACAGUCUUCAUCUGUGGCUCCUCAUCCUCAACCCAGGGCUCUGACCACCCCUGCCACGCUGACCUGGCAGAGCCUUGUCCUACAACUUCUCUGAGGCUGACCCUCAGACUGCCCUGAAAAGCGGACGAUUCCCCUUUCAGCUGGGGCCGCCACCUCCCAGACAGGUCCUCACGGCCACCCACAGAGAAGGGCCCCGUGCUCUUCCAGUGUGGAGACAAGCUCAGAGAGGGGCGGUGAGCUGCUGAAGCAGGCAGUCUGAGCCACAUAGUUCACUCCCGCCAGCUCCCUCCCGUCCUUGAAAACUUACUUUGAUGUGAUUUCAACUCAAAGAAACAGCUAGCACAUCACAACCUUCAACAAAUUUCCUGGGGCUAAUAUUCUGCCACAGCUGCUUUUUCGUGCUCAUGCUCUAACUUUUCUAAACCAUCUGAUCAUCAGUUGCCCCUAAUUGUGCUCCUAAGAUGCCCAGUGUAUGUAUAUCUUGUAAGGCCAAGGACUGACCUGUGUAACCAGGGCAUGGCAAGGAGCAUGGGUGGGGCCACCUCGCUUCCCGUGCUCCUGGGCACCAGUCUCAAGGACCCUUUGCCCUCAACCACCCCACAGCCGUCUCUGCCUUUCCCAGCACUGGGGUCCUCAAAGAUCCAGCCAGUCACUUGGUAGCCUGUCCCUAUGUGGGGUUCGUCUGAUGAUUCUUGAGAUUCCGCUCCUGUGCUCUUAGUGGGAACAUGUAAAUGCCACUGUGUCCUUCUCAGGCAUCGCCUUGGGAGGAACACCGUGUCUGCCCAAACCAGUGACGUCAACCUGACCCACCAGGUUCUCUUCUGCAAAGCUACUCUCCCUUUUACAUAACAAGUGAUUAGUACAGAGAUAUUUUCGACCACAUGACCGUCCUGUCCCUCCUCCCCCUCUGGCCCACUAGCUGGCAGCGUCCACCAUUGAUUCUUGCCGGGUGCACACAGCUUUCCACGGCCUCUGCCUGUAGGACUUGAGUGGGGCCUCUCCUGGCAGCAGGCCUGGACUGGGGGUCAAGUAACUGACACUCGUGUGAGAGCUCCUAGGGCACAGGGCCAAGGUCUGUUUGCCCCAAUGGGUGGUCCCCAGGCCCUUCUCAGAGUGGACAGCUUUGGGUAUCCUGGAGUGGGGGGAAGGAGACACCCCAGACCACUCGUUUGUUCCCUCCUGGACAGAGGCUGAGUCUGGAGGCCUAGCCCCCAUCCUCGCUCGGAGCCAGUGGGUGUGGGAACUGCAGGGGAGACUGUCAGGGCUCUUCACCAGACACCUCUGGGGCCUCCAGAGGGACUCAGAGUUACCCUCGACCACCCAACACCUGGGCGCCUCGCAGGGCUGACCCAGGACCUGGGAGCGGAGGGCUGUUCUGGGCUGCUUUGUCCUUGGCCUGAGGUUCCUCCAAGGUCCCCUGGGCCAGGCCUGGCACUUAGUGGGUCCCAGAGCGUCCUUGCAGAAGGGCAUGCAGCUACGUUGGAGGCCAGCUCCUCCACCCACAGGGCCUCCUGGACAGUAGGGAAUGGCACCCCUCCAGCCAUCCCUCCCUCGACUGGGCCCCACUGCCCCAGACCCUGUGGGUUCCUGCGGUGCCUUUCUGCUCUGAGGUUGGGAGGUCGGAGGUCAGAGGGAACCGGAGCAGCACAGGAAACCAGUAAAUCAGGAGGACAGGAAGCACCUGACAGAGGUUGCUGAGUCUUGCUCCCAGGAUCAGGCUCCGUGGACAGGUUCUAGGGAUGGUCACGCCUGCUGCACAAGCUGUGCUGGGAAGGACCCAGCCGGCCUCACUUCGUCCCUGGUGAUGGAGAACCAGGCAGCGGGGCCUACAGCUGCUAGAGCCCCUUCGGGGGAAGUCCUGAUGUACAAAGGGUGCUUUUGGUUUAAAUUCUCUGCAAAGUGGAAUGAUAAUAGUUUCUCACCCAUCAUCCCUUCUGGGCAGCCUCAGAAACCGAGGACAUGUCAGCCCCACAUGGCUUCCGGCCCCAGAGAGGGGCCUCAGUGACUUCAAAGCAGGGAGUAGGCAAAGCCAGGCUGAGGCGGGCUCCAGGUUGGGUGUAGUGACCUCUGCCAGAGAGGCUGGCUUGGCCAUGUUUGGGGUUGGCAGGUGGUGGGGACUCAGCUCCCUGCCCCCACCAGCUGAAGGCUAACAAGACUCCGCCCACUGGCUGUCAUUUCUGUAAACACUGUGCUGUGGGUGCAU